GACGCCUUUUGCACCUUCGCCGCAUAUGUUCCUUCAAACACAAAUUCCCAAUCCUUAACAUUCACACCUCACGCCUCUUUCAUAUUUCAGACUUCAGACACAAAAGAUUAGACACCACACAAACAAAGCAAAUAGCAAAUAGCAAUAAUUGUUAAUUUGGAAACCCAUCUUGUGUUUUGAUGGUAGCUUAAUUUCAGCCUUUGCUCUAACUUUGGCUGGUCAACUAAAUUUAGCACAAACGUUAUUAGUUGAAAUAGAAACAAGAAAGUUUUUUUUUUUUUUUUUUUCCUUCUUCCUCCUUAAAUUUGUUUUUGUCUGAUCGGCAUAUUCUAUAGGUUUUAUGAUCUGUUACACGAGUACACCUAUUGUAAUCCCUAUAGAAACUUCAAUAAUUCUGGUAGUUGCAGCCAAAGCCAAAACUCCAGAAUUACAUGUCAGAAGGAGAAAAUUAUUGGAACCACCCAAGUGUUUGUGUUCGUCAGUUUUGAAAACCAGGAAGACGAUAAAGCAAAUGGCGAUCACCACCGUUGAUACUCAUUCGACGACCAUGCUGACGUCAGGAGCGAGCGGGCGCGUGAGGGCACUGUUCUCGGUGCGCGUGUGGAGGAGCUUGGUGAUGGUGAUGAACGCGUUGGUGAUACUCCUUCUGGUCCCAUUUCGUCGACGGAAGCGGAAGGAUGAGGAAGGUGGGAGCCAGAGCCAGAGCCAGAGCCAGAGCCAGAGCCAGAAGAAGGUGAUGGUCCCAGUGAAGAUGGUGACGUGGAGGAAGAGUGGGUCGGCGGUGGUGGAGCAAGAAGUGGCAGUGAGAAGAGCACUGGCGAUGAGGAGAGUGGUACAAGAUGAUGAUGAUGGGUUGAAUGAGGAAGUGGUGAGAGACUACUCCCUCUUCCUCACGCCUAGAGGUGAUACCAUUUUCACUCGGUCCUGGACCCCCAAUAACAGCAACAACAUUCGGGGAUUGGUUCUUAUUAUGCAUGGCCUGAACGAGCACAGUGGCAGAUACAAUGAUUUUGCAAAGCAGCUAAAUGCCAAUGGCUACAAGGUCUAUGGAAUGGAUUGGAUUGGUCAUGGUGGAAGUGAUGGGUUGCAUGCAUAUGUUCAUUCUCUUGAUGAUGCUGUUAAUGAUAUGAAAUCAUUUCUUGAGAAGAUUUUAGCUGAGAAUCCUGGACUUCCAUGCUUCUGUUUUGGACACUCAACUGGUGCAGCAAUUGUCCUGAAGGCAAUGCUUGACCCAAAGGUUGAAGCCCGUGUAGUUGGUGCAGUACUAACAUCACCUGCAGUUGGAGUUCAAGCAUCCCAUCCAAUUUUUGUGGUACUGGCUCCAAUUUUCUCAUUUUUGUUGCCAAGAUACCAAAUUAGUGCUGCAAAUAAGAAGGGCACACCAGUUUCUCGGGACCCACAGGCACUAAUAGCCAAAUAUUCAGAUCCACUAGUGUAUACCGGAUCCAUCAGGGUAAGGACUGGCUAUGAAAUUCUCCGAAUCACAUCCUACUUGCAGCAGAAUCUGAGAAAAUUGAGAGUUCCCUUUUUUGUUCUCCAUGGCACUGCUGAUACUGUAACUGACCCUGAAGCUUCUCAGAAACUGUAUGCAGAAGCCUCGUCAACUGACAAAACCAUCAAAUUGUUUGAUGGGUUCUUACAUGAUCUCCUCUUUGAACCAGAACGUGAAGCUAUUAUGAAGGACAUAAUUGAAUGGUUGAAUUGUAGAGUAUGAUGUUAGCUAAUGCACAAUAUGAGAAACAAAAUUGAUAAGUUAGCCAAAGGGAAGCAAGGAAUUGUAUUUCUUAUGUAGGAAAACCCGACACUUAUUUCAUCGAAAUUUCGGGAUUUAAAUUUCCUCAUAACAAAUAUUUUCUCAUUUUUCUUUAGGGAGAUAAGGAUUGGUUGCUUAUUUGGAGCAUUUCACAAUGAGAAAUGAUAUGUUAACAACAAA